CUAAAGCUGGGCCAGAAAACGACGACAGGACGCCCUUUUUUUACUUGCAAGUCGCCGUCGUUGGUUGGCAGUAGUCCCACUACUACGAUAUUUCUGUUUUAUCUACAAUGCGGCGCUAGUUUUUUUUGAAGCCACCCGCCAUCAUAGCGAUUUCUAUGUUUUCUCUCUUUGUCUUGUUGGUGUGUUUGUGUGACCCAUCAACUUCUUCUUCGUCUCACAGCCGUGCUGCUGCUGCUGCUAAUGUUUUUACCAUAUGUGUCGGUCUGUGCACGUUGUCUCCAUCAUCUGCCUCGGAUAAUUGACAGUCUUGCGUCCGAAACAGAGUUGGAUCAGCAAGAACGUAACGUCUAGCCAACGAGAUUUGAGAAGGAGACAACCAAAAGGAGGAUCAACAACAUUUUGACAACUUUUGCCAUUACUAUAUUGGAUACUGCCGCCUAUUAUGGUUGUUGGGAUUGGCGUCCCACCGAUUGGAAUGUCCCCGCAUCUUCCUGAUCACGCCAUGGAAAAUCAGAGUAGCUGCCCUUCCGGCCAUAUUACAGAAUGUAGCACCCGUAAGAUGUCGUCCGAAGGAGUCGCCGUCUCAUCGACGUCGUCCAUUGGCAGCAGCAGCAUCGGUGUUGGAGGAGGCAGUGGCAUACUCCUGGACGCUGAAGACCGUUCCAGCACCUCGCCGAGUUUACCAUCCCUGUUCGGACUGCCUUUGAGGAUCCGAUCGGCUUCGCUACCGGCACUGAUUGAACUUUGCAUCAUGUGUUUCGAUGACGAAGGCAGUGUGCUGGAAUCGGCCGUCAACUACCCCAACAUCUUCUUCCUAAUGCACAAAUGGUUCACGACGUCCGAGUCGCUGGCCAACGACUUGUGGCAAUUGUUCGAAUCGGGUAAACCGUCCUAUCAUGGCGACUAUCUUAGUCUUCUCGCCACCAUCCAGCAGAGUGCCAGAACAGACGCCAACGGGAGCCAGGAGAUUGGUCCUUCUUCACGUCCGCCAAGCGUUAUCCUGUCGCGAAAACAGGAUGAUUACAACGGAAACCUAGGCCUGAGAAGUCCAUCUCUGAUGCGAACAUCCAACGGCCGCUCCAAUUCGGUCCUGAUCCCGAGGCCGGCGUGCAUCGGUGCCGAAGACGACAACUACUUUAGCUACCACUACAGUAAACUCAGUGCCAUGGCCUGUGAAGGUGUCGACAUGUCCAAUCCGUCGAUGGAGAAAUCGAGUUCCACCGAUAAAAAUCAAGUGGACCCACGGCCCAGUGAAACCUGUCCAGCGGGUAGCCAAUGCAAGCACGAUCGGCUAGCCUCGUGCCAAAUCUACAAAUUCCGGCGCUCCGUCUGCUACGCCGUCCGCUUCUGGAUCCGACAGUUCCCCGUUCACUUUGACCUGGACGCCAAACUGUCGUCUCUCAUCAAAGAUUGGCAACGUUGGCUGACCGCCGAUGAUCGAUCCAACUACGCCGAACUGGCCCCGCUCGUUGAUCUCGGCUGUCUGCCAUCCUACGACUGGAUCCGAAACAUUUCCGUUCGCGAUCCUAGCGUCAAACAUUGCCGCAAAGUCUCUUUGGUCUUCAAUCACCUGGAGCCGUCCGAGCUGGCCAAACAUUUGACCUACCUGGAGCAUCGCAUCAUGAGACGAAUUAGUUUUCAAGAUUACAAACAGUACGCGGUGACCGGAUCACUAAACGACAAUCCCCGUCUGGAACGGUCGGUCAACUUGUUCAACGGUCUCACUCAGUGGGUUCAAUGUAUGGUCCUCAGCCGGAGCACACCUCAGCAACGAGCCGAAGUCAUCGUUAAACUAAUUGACGUUACCAAAAAAUUGAAGGAACUCAGAAACUUUAACUCGCUGAUGGCCGUCGUUGGCGGACUGAGUCACAGCUCCUUGGCUCGUUUAACUCGGACGUCCUCACGCGUUCCGGCUGAUUCGCAACGGACGCUGGCCGAACUUACUGAAUUUCUUUCUUCUUCUUCCAACUUCUCUAAUUACCGACGAGCUCUCCAAGAGUGCAAAGGCUUCAAGAUACCCAUUUUAGGCGUUCACAUGAAAGAUUUGAUUUCACUUCACGUGGCUCUCUCGGAUUCACUAGAGGGUGGCCUCAUUAAUUUCCGUAAGAUGGCCCAACUGUCACUCAUAUUCCAAGAGCUCCAAGAGUUGCAGAACGCCACACCACCACCUGGAGCCAACAUUGAUCUCGUCAACACCUUAAGGGUUUCUCUGGAAUUGGCUUACACAGAAGACGAAAUUUACGAAUUGUCACUAGCUCGAGAACCUAGAGAUUCAUUAUCCCCGCAAUCUUCACCUACCAGGCCAUUAUUACUGGGCGAAUGGCCAACGGCAGGACAAACUAAUCAAAUGCAAACUUCUUUAACUCCCAGUACAGCCGGCAGCUUAGUUCCACACGAAACGUCGCGGUCGUCGUCGCUUUCUUCACCUCAGACCAUUUCACUGCCACUGCCAACGGAAUCUCAGUCGCUGCGGCUGAACUCGGCCGGCAGCGAUCACGAACAAGAAGGAUCGAGUGGCGGAUUCGGGACGGCGGAGCGUAAAAAGACCUUAGAGGAGAGAAUGAACGAAAUGGUCGACGCUGUUUUCGGUCAACCCAAACAUGAGCUGCUCAAACUCAUUCAACGUUCGCCUCCAUCAAGUGGUGCAGUCCCGUCAUGCGUGACGAGCGACGAAUUGACACUGCAGCAGCAACCGCAACAGCCAUCCAGUGCAGUUAUCGAAAUUGACAGCCAAUCCAGACACGAUUUCCAAGAGACGAAUUCCUUCCGACCAUGUACUUGUGCCCACUGUAACGGACUGUUAUGGGGACCACUUCGACAAGGAUACAAAUGCCGAGAGUGUGGCCUCACCGCCCACAAGAUGUGCAAAGAUGUUAUGACAGUUACGUGCCGCCCUAAAAGCCUGAUUACAAGUCCCUUUACAGAAGCAUUUCAGAGUGGUUCAGGUAGAACGCGUUUCCGGCGCCGGAAGAAGUUGAAUAGUCAUUCGGAUGUGGACAGCUUGGAGAGCGGAUUGUUGGCCAUGGAUUGCUCUUGUGAUCUGAGUUGCCAGUCGCCUUGCAGUCGCCGUUCCAGCAUGAGCAUGUUGCACCACCAACAAGGAUCUUGUGAUUCCACCGAUUUCCAUCACCAAGAUCGUUUGUCGGACAAGUCUGACAAAUCAGCGUUGCUCGGUGGUGGUCCGUUGGUGUCUGUUGGAUCGGGUGGCGGAAGCGAGACGAGUACUCCGGUGACUUCGCGUAGUCAAUUUUUCCGCAGCCCAAAGCGGCGCAGUUUGAUCGCGACCAGCAAUUCGGCGGCGGGGCCUGUCGCCGCCAGCAGUCCCAUGCCCAUUCGUCAGCGCAAGUCUUCGCUUUCUUUCACCAGUCCUUGUCGUAGUUUUCCAGGCACCGAUCCGUCCAUUGAAGGGCAGUCAUCGUUGGCGUUGCGAUCCUCGUUAUCCGCGUCCCCAAGGCGGAAGAUAAGUGACACGCUACAUUUUCUUGGGUCUCCUUCUUCGUCGUCGCACAAGUCGUCGUCACCCUGCCAAUGUCACGGGCAUCAUUCAUGAUCGACGUCAAGAAACCAUAAAAGGAAAACAACAAACAACAAACAAAAGGAAUUCAGAGCGAAAGAAAAAGACAAGAGGACUUGACUUGGAGCAGAGCGAUGAGUUCAAGUGCGUCGCCGGCAGUGAGCGCACGUGUUGCGUUGGCACGGGAAUCGAUAGGAAUGACGUGACGUAAUUGGUGUGUGUCCUCCCACGCUAUACUACGUGAGCGCGUGUCUAGCUCGGUGGGCGACUUCUUUUUCUCCAUAUCCACCACAUCUGCCACGUCCUUGGACUCUGUCCGACUGAAUGAUCGACAAUGUGGCUCUCGAGUUGUUAGAGUAUCCAUAUUUUACCUGAAUGACCGUAGCAGUACGUAUAUCCCCCCCCCCCAUGUUCACACCGUGAAAGCCUAAAGAUGCAACACAUUCAAAACAACAAAACCGAAACCACACGAUUUGAAAGAUAGAAAAGAAAUGCGGUUUUGAUUGAACACUCACUAUACUCUAUGAAAUCACAAAACGACUGCUGCAGCUCUGGUUGAUAUUUCAUUUGUGUUGCAUCACUUUAGAUUCGAAUUCGAAACGAAUUCGACCAAUUAUUUAUGCUAUUUCUACGAAGAAGCACAAGAGUGACAUGAGAUCUGGUGGAAUUCGUAGUUAGAAGUUCCUUCCGCGCACGCGCACAAACCAAAAAACAACCAAAAACCAAAACCAUCAUUCAUUAUGUACAUGUCCUAUAUUGAAAAAAACAAAAACAUAACCAGUCAUCGGCGCUAUAUAUAAGUGAUCUGUGUCCUUUUACAUAUUGCAAAAUGCUUCGCUGUUGUGUAUAUAUAUAUUUUCACGUCAAAUGCCGUACGUAUGAUGUGUGUAUGCGCGAAAGAAUCCUUGUUUUUUCCUACCCCCAUCAGAGACAAUCUCGUAUUACCUUCGUGACACGAUCGUCACACUUAUGAUUGAGGUCUAUUAGGAGCAGUUAGAUUGUUACGUCAUUUGGCCCCUUGAUCAUGCUUUUUCUGUUUUAGUUCAGUCGUCAGUAUAGUUAAAUAUCACACGAGAAAGAGAAAAUAGAAAUCAUGGGUUCAUUCAUAUCGUGGAAAGAGAAUUGUCAAAUGAAAUAGGAUACCAAGAAAUCACACCCACACGGGCGACACUUUUGAGUUUGAGCUAUAGAUGGCAUAUAUCGAUCGUCGUACCCUUUAUCACUUUGCAUUGAGAGUUGCAUCAUUAAAACUAUAUAUCAUCUGCCGCCGCUUCUUAAUAGAAAUUUGAUUUCCGUACGAUAGGUGCCUUUCAGUCAUUUAGACCCGGAUGGAAAAACAAACAAACAAAUCCUCUCCAUGAAACUGAAGCAGCAGGAUCCCGAACCAAAUCAAGCAAAGAAUCCUCCUCCACGUUUAAAUGAAGAAGAAGAAAAAAAAAACAUAAAAGAAAAGUGUUACAAAUCAAAUACUGUAUACGUUUAGAGUGCUCUGGGUGGGGUAUAAUCAGCGCAGUGAUCGAGUUGAAACCAUAUCUGUCUGUACGGUUAUCAUGACCCCGUUCACUUUGAAACACUCAAACGCCUCUCCUGUUGUAGGUCAGUUGUUCAUGGCCGUAUCAUCGUUCAAUGCGGACUCUCUCUCUCUCUCUCUCUCGUGCAAUUGUAUCCCGCGUCGUAAAUAUCGUGAAUCGUAUGGCUACACACAUCAUUGUCAUUGUGUAUGCAUUCCGCGUUAUAAAUCCCCUAUAUAUGAUCCCCCCCCCCCAAAAGAACAAAACAACAACAAAUCAAUACUACCUUUCACCUUUUCUACGGGUAUAUUACAUUACAUAUAGUAUAAUAUAUAUAUAUAUAUAUAUGCAUACCUCCAUAUAAUAUCAGAGUAUUUGUUUUGUUUUUCAAAAGCUAAAAUGGAUGACCAGGAAAUGCUUUUUUCGUUUGUUUGUUUUGUCUGAUUCUAUAUUAACCAAUCAAUCCAAAAUGAUUCCGUGCUGUGUUUGACACCCAUCGCCCGAUUUGAUGUCCGAGAUCAAUUUUGAUUUUCUUUCUUUGUCAUUCUGUAUCUCACCUGCCUGUUUCUUUACCGAACGAAAAAUAUACGCCGCCACUGUGUACAAAAAAAAAUAAAUUCAAUUGA